AUGGCCUCUCAGAAAGCUCGACCUUCCGCUGCAGAUACGGGCAGCCCGGUCGUGGAUAUGUCCAUGGAUGAAGCACCGACGAGGCCUCCCUCGCCAAACGAUGAAGAAGCCACGACCGUUGGCGACUUCGCUUGCCAAAUCGGAGCGCUUCCACCGUGCUCCACGCAGCUUACUCUCCGAGAGGUCGCAAAGCUCUUCCUGUCCACAGGUCAAGCUGCUGGCUGCGUGGUCAACGAGUUGAGCGAACCAGUGGGCGUCAUCACGGAAGAUGAUAUUUUACAGAAUUAUGUUCAAGGUGCUCCCUGGACAACGACAGUCGGACAAUGGAUGCGAGGAGGAGGCGGUGUGGCCUUUGAUGCACCGGGUCUCGAGAAGACCCGCAGUGAACAGCCCCUUCGCGAAGCCUUGCCUUCUCUGCGACCUGCGCCGUCUCGGCACGCGCCGCGGCCGCAGCUGUUGGUUGAGCGGCAGCCCAACAGAGGCUAUGCGGGAGGAUUGCUGUCCGCCCGGGACAUUGUGCUAGCUCUUGCGGAGGGUCAGGUGCAGCUGCUUGACCUCCUGGGCCUGAGCCGAGCUCACGUCUCUGACAUCAUGGAGCCGGUUGGCCAGGCCCCAGCAUUGCGACCCGGCUUCACCGUCCGCGAACUGCUACAGGAGCUCUUGGCGUCGCCCAGCCGCGCUGCCCUGGUCAUGGAUGGCAGCCGGAUUCGUGGCCUGGCGACUGUUGCAGAUGCCCUCUGGGCCUUCGAUCAGCAGCUGUCGCACACGAUUGAUGUUUGGGAUCGCUUGGCAUCUAGACCUGGCCGACCGGCGCUCAACGGCCAAGCAAUCCCAUCGGAUGCAGAUUUGUCUCAUGCACUGAACGCGCUGGCAGCACCGGAGAGCAAUGUCCGCCACCUUGUAGCAAUGGAGCCCGGGACAAGCAACGUUGUCGGCGUCGUCUCACCGGAACACGUGGUUUCCCGCAACUCGGGACCAGUUGCAGUACCCAGCUGCGCACCUCAAAUCAAGGUCGAACGGAGGCACAAAAGCCGAGAAGCAGAGAGAGUUGUCAAGAAGGAGGAGACGGAUGAGCAUCCGGCAGCUUCCAUCAAAACAGAGGUCAAGCUCGAACUGGAAGAGGUGAAAUGCGAAGAGCCUGCUCCCAAAAAACGGGCUGUGAUGAGGAAGAACAGGAUGGAAAGAGAAUUGGAGAGCGAUGCCAGAACACAGGCAGUCACUUUGGGCGACAUCGUGGCCAGAAGAGAAACGGCAACGGUAACUAUGAGCUACACACUGUCAGACGCAGUGGAUGCACUUGUGUCGACGGAGCGGACGGCAGCAGUUGUGUUGGACGACGGCAGAGUACAAGGUGUCCUCACCGAGAAUGACGUUCUUGCUGCUUUGGUGGAGGGCACCCCAUGGCAGUGCCAAAUUGGAGAGUGGCUGAUGGGCAGCUAUGCCCGUCUCCCCGGCUUCAUGGUUCCUGCUCUGACACUUCCAGACACUGCAAGCAUAGCCGAUGCUGCAGCUGAGAUGACCAGCCUUGCUGAAGACGGCAUUGGCUUCACAUGCCAUCACAUGCUGGUCCAUGCCAAGGAAGAGGGAGAGUCCCUUCGCAUACUCUCCGCCUUGGACAUUGCCCGUGGCAUCAUUGACACAAUCGCCACACGUGCCAUCAUCGGUGAGGGCAGUCCGUCUGCAGACUCCGUCAUUGCCGCCUCCGAAAUUACUGUUGAGCAAGCUAUGAAGGACCGGACUGGAGUGUCAACCUGCAAACUUCGGGACUCCUUGCAGAAGGCAUUCGAAACAAUGCAUGACGCACGGCAAAACUGCGCUCUGAUCGUCUCGGGUGGACCGAGCUCAGUGGACGAGGCACUGGAUGACCUGCCAGUAUGCAAAGUUGAAGAACAAGAGGAGCUUACUGAAGAGGACGAGCAGUGGCAACAGGAGCACGGAGCCGUCCUUGGUGUCAUCACUUCUGCAGAUGCCCUGCGGGCCUUCUCUGAGCACCUCAGAGGCAACACCACGACUGUCGCCGGAUGGCUGCGAGGGCUUAACACACAGGAGCACAAGACAGCUGCUCAGAGAUCAAUUGGAUGCAGCACGACGCUGGCAGAGGCGGCACUCGUUAUGUCAGAGUGCGACCUGCACCACUUGCUCGUCAUCGACGAAGAUGGCGACGUCAUCGGGGUGCUCUCUGCACUGGACAUUGUGUGUGCCUUGGGCGCCUCGUACAGGUAUGACUUGACAUCACCUCGCUUUGUAUAG